AUGCAUUGGGAAUAUUCUCUGGUCAUUCUCCUGGGGGCCUGCGCGGUCAGCGUGGACGGCUCUCCCCAGGUCGAUCUGGGCUAUGCUCGCUACCGUGGGGUUCGACUGCCUGCCGGGGUGGAUGAAUACCUUGGGAUGAGGUACGCAGCACCACCCCUGGGCCAGCAAAGGUUCCGUGCACCAGGGGAUCCGAGCAGCACAUCAUUCAUUCAGGAUGCAUUCGAGUUUGGGCCAACCUGCAUCGGCGUCGGAGAGGAGAUAAGCCCGCUUGUGGGGGAAGACUGUCUGUUCAUCAACGUGUUCACCCCCUCCCACGCAACCACCCUCUCCAGACUGCCGGUGUGGGUGCACAUUCAGGGCGGCGGUUAUGCAUCCAACUCCAACGCCAACUUCAACGGGACGAACGUCAUUCAACAUUCGGGCUACGACCUCGUGUUCGUCAACUUCAACUACCGUGUCGGGGCCCUGGGAUUCCUGGCCAGCGAGGAGAUCCGGCGGGAUGGAGACCUGAACGUGGGAUUGCUAGACCAGCGAAAGGCCCUCGCAUGGGUCAAGCAGCAUAUCAGCCAGUUUGGGGGCGACCCGGACCACGUUAUCGCUCAUGGUGAUUCCGCCGGCGCGGGUUCGGUAACGCAUCAUAUGACCGCGUAUGGCGGCCGAGCGGAGGGACUCUUUGCCGGUGCGGUGCUGGAGUCUCCAUUCUGGCCCACACUGCGCACGGUUGCCGAGAUGGAAUUCCAGUACACACGGUUUGUACAUCGCGUUGGCUGCUCGGAUGCAUCGUCUGCCUUGGCGUGUCUUCGGUCUGCGGACCUGGCAGCGAUACAGAAGGGCAACGUGGUGGACCCAUUUCCAGACGCCGCCGUGGAUCCGCCCCCGCUGUGGUAUUUUCUGCCCGUCAUUGACGGUGCGGUGGUGCAAGACCAGUUGUCUCGGCUCUUCGAUCAGGGCAAGACCGUGAAAAUUCCCGUGCUCGUUGGUGACGACACCAACGAGGGGUCGACCUUUGCUUAUAACGCCAGCGACGCGUCUGACAUGUCGCGGUUUCUCAACGCCAACUACCCAGGGCUGUCAUCUGCCAGCCUGGCCGCCAUCGGUGAUGCAUAUCCUCGCAUGCGACCCGUGGCGGAUCAUGCAGCCUAUUUCCCGUCCGCGUCUGCCGCCUAUGGUGACGCUGCCUUUACGUGCCCGGGCAAUCGCAUCGCAGCGUCCAUGGCAGAUCACCUCCCGUCCGGCAGGGUUUGGAGCUACCGAUACAACGUGCGAGCCCCCCAGCUGGUCGAUGAAGGCCUGGGUGUGCCGCAUAUCUUCGAGCUGAGCGCCAUUUUCGGAGUCGGCUUCGCCGGUAAUAGCGAGAUCACGAGCUACAACGGGAUCAACGCGAAUGCGGUCGCCACCGUGAUGGACUAUUGGAUCAGUUUCGUGAAGGCACUGGAUCCGAACCCUCGCAGGCGUAGCCAAGCACCGCGCUGGGAAGCGUGGAAGCCCGGCCUGGGGCAACGGCUCAAAAUACAGACAAACACUACCGCGAUGGAGCCAAUCCCGCCGCAGCAAGCGGAUCGAUGCUCACUGUGGAGCGCACUGGCGCCGGAAAUGGAGAUUUAG